AAAUAAGCUAUUUCACUUUGUAUAUGAAAUAAAAUAAUCUCAAAAUUAUUUAAUAUCUAUAAUUAAAUUUAAAAUAAAAUAAUCACAGGUACAUUCAAUUUGACAACUUUAAACAAUGCUUAUAUUUUUUCCCUUAUUCCAAAUAGCCCUUUAAUUAUUCAACUUUAAAAAAGGUUUUUCUUUUUUUUUUUAAAAAAAAUUGAUUAAUUAAUGAUAGUGAUCAGCCAAAAUUAAUUAUUUUUAUUAAAUAAUAAAUGUUUGUAAUACAUAACAGUUGGGGAUCCGUGGCGCAAUGGUAGCGCGUCUGACUCCAGAUCAGAAGGUUGCGUGUUCGAUUCACGUCGGGUUCAAUCUCCUGAUCCCAAUCGGUUCCCUCCUCUUUUUAUUUUUUUUAAUUACUUAAUUUUAAAUUAAUCUAUCAUUUGUUUUUGUAAUUUUAGUUUUUAUUUGAUUAUACUUAAUUAAUUUUUUUUUAUCGUUUUCAUUAAAGUUAAUUUGUUUGCUACCUACUUACACAAACAAAGAGCAUAUUGCCGGCGGCAAAAGCUGACCAAACGGCUGCCGGAAACUGGCGUUUGUUAAUUAUUAAGUAUUCAAAUUAAAAUUAGAUAUAAAAAAUGAAUAUUUUUAGUACUAAUAUAUAUUUAUGCCACCAAAUUCUCCAUAUACAGAAAUUCUUCUCAACUACCUUUCGAGCAGGUAACAAUUUUUUUACUGAGUUUUUUUUUUCGGCUAACAAUUUGGGAAUAUUAAGAUUUUGGGUAUUCAAUUUUUGUAAAUUUAGGGCUUUUUUGUUAUGAGAGAUAAAGUAUAGGUAAUUAUAGGAUUAAUUUUAGGAUGAGUUUAUUCAUGUUUGGUUAGUGAUAAAAUUUUGCCCUUUUCAUUUAGCAUUUGAAUUUUUUUGUAAAAUGAAUUUUUUUGUAUGAUUGAUUUUGAAGAAACAUAUCAAAGUGUUGUUAAAUCUCAGUUCUUUGAUCUAAGCCUCAAGUCUAUGGGUGAUUUAGAAUUUUCAACGAGGGAUUUACGUAAUAUGGAGGAGUAAACACAUGAUUGGUUAUAUGGCAGGUUCUCGGGUUUAACCAUGUAGAAAUAAAGUUUGUUUCCGCUAAAGGGGGAUUCAGAUGAACCCUUGGUCCUACCUGGUUUCGCCCUUGGAGUUGGUGUACUUGAUGUUCGAUGUGUAGCAUGUUUGUUUCAUUGUCCGGUCAUAUUAGCCGAUCAAUCAUAAUUGCAUUUGUCAAUGAAUUAGUAUCUCUUUCUUUACCAUUUAAUUAGAAUAUUGUUAUGUAACUCUAGGGUUAAAUUAUAUUGGAAAAUUACCUGUUAUAGGAUGUUUUUGGUGACUGCUGAUUGAUUAUAUGACAAGUUCUCAAGUUUUUAUCUUAUCUAAUUGAAUGACUAAAUGAAUUAUUUUUGUCAAGUUUCGGAAUGGAUGCAGUUGAUGAUGCUAAUCAGUUACAAGAAACACCAAAAAAUGAAGUUAUGUCCUUCUUCGAGUCAACUCCUUUACUAGAGGAUGCUGCUGAAAUUGAGAAAAGCUUGAAGGAAUUCGUUGAUCGCAAUACUUCAUCAUCAGGCAAUUGUUAUUUCUUUAGUUAUCAACAUCUCAUAGAUUUUAAUCUCUUAAUUCUUUGUUCUUCGAAAUAGAUGCCACUUGACUUUAUUUUUUGUCUCCGUCUUCAGUGAAUGGAAAAACAAACAGGGUAGUAUGUAUUACUUCAGGUGGUACAACUGUUCCUUUGGAAAAGCAAUGUGUUCGCUAUAUUGACAACUUUAGCUCUGGUCAUAGAGGGGCUACAUCCACAGAGUAUAUCCCGAAUACUAUGCUUAGAUGCUUUUCACACACUUGAAUUCACAUACAUUUGAUGUUCAAAAUGAAAAUGUAAAUGCAGAUACUUUCUGAAGGCCGGUUAUUCUGUAGUCUUUCUCUACCGAAGGUUUGUUCUUCAAGUGCCAAGUUAAUUUAUUCGAUUAUUGUGAUUUUGAUUUUAGACUAGUAACACCAUGAAAUAUGCAGAGGGUCAUGCCAACCAUUUUGUAGUACUCUGCCUGAUGAUCCGCUGCUAGAGUGCUUUAGUGUUGCUGAUGAUUCAAGUAUUGAAGGUCUAUAGUUCUUAUAUUUUUACAUUCAAUAUUGAUGCAUGUACUACGUUUCUAUUCACCAAAUCAUUCUAGACGACCUUAUCUUAUUUUAUUUUUUAUUCUCUGUAAGUGCUACUUGUACACUCUAUUAGUUAUGCUAAUUUCUAAUGAUGUUCCAUCUUAACAUCUACAUCCCUACGAUACUGAUCUUGUGAAGAUAUUAAACUUUAAAUGCCUAUGUUACACAUAUCCUUCAAUUAACACCAAUGACGUGUAUUCACCAAAAUGACACCAAUGUCAGUGACACCUAUACCACCAAGAUCUUUGAACUUCAAAUCUCUUAGUAGUUUCGUUGAUUAUCACCAUAUUAUCUACAAAUAGCAUGUACCAUGAGAUUAUCUAUUAUUAGUAGCUCAUUCAUACGUAGGUAAGCAAGAAUGCGAUCAAUUCAAAAUCCCAAUGUAAAUCAACGGAAAUGGGAAUAGGUAAGCACAUAUUGUCAAAGCUUGACAUUGGGUUUUUUUCAGGCCGCAUUUUUAGUUUUUAUCUUAGUUUUAUACUCUUUAAAGGCUUAUCCAUCUUCAGAUAUUUUGGUAACUUUACAUAUUACUAACUUGGGAAAGAUCUUUGAUGUUCUGAGUAUUUUGUAUCGCAGUGGAUUUGUUGAGCAAUUCACGCUUUUCCAAUCUAAUGAGCAUUUUUCUGUUGCACUAUUUUUUAGUGGAUGCAUUGCAUGCUGAAACGGUGAAGAGAGCGAUUACUGAAAGUCUCACUGUAUGGUUAUUACUGAUUUUUAAUUUUCGUCUUAUUUUUGUGUGUUCUUACAGUUAUUCCUAUUAGUCUUUAACAGUAAGAAUUUACUAUUUGCAGGCAGUUGCUGAGGGCAUCCUGUUGAAACUUCCAUUUACAACAAUUUUCGAGUAUUUGCAGGUUUAAGUUAAAUAGAUCAGUGAAAUUUGCUUUACUGUUAAAUCAAUGUCGUAUGAGCAUUUUAGUUCGCUUUGUGGAGGCUGGUAGCACUUCGAUUAAUGUUUAUUUGGUCACUGGCAGAUUCUACAGCUAAUUUCUGUGUCUUUGAGGGACUUCGGGCCUAGUGCUAUUUUUUUUCUGGCAGCUGCAGUUUCUGAUUUUUAUGUUCCGUGGAAAAACAUGGCAUUACAUAAAAUCCAGUCGGCAUCUGGUCCUCUGGAUAUACGACUCGCCCAAGUACCAAAGAUGCUUUCCGUGCUUAGGAAUGAAUGGGCGCCAAUGGCCUUCCACAUAUCGUUUAAGCUAGAAACAGACACAGAUAUCCUUUUAGCAAAGGCUAAUAUGGCCCUCGAAAAAUACAAGAUGCAUAUGGUGAUAGCUAACGAACUAUCAACCCGUAAAGAGGAAGUAAUAGUUGUCACUGAGCAGGAAAAAGUCACAGUUCGUAGGGACAGCACUCGUGCAGGGGCUGAAGUCGAGUCUCCGUUGGUUGAGCUUGUUGUUGAUAGACACUCAACAUAUAUCAAGAAGUUCGAUGCGUAACAAAUAUGGGCGGAUCACUGAAAUAUGGAGGUACAAACUUACAUUUCAGUAAGGAAAAGUAGUAAAAACUGAGAGAGUGUUUCUUCAGCUUGUUUCAUUAUUUAUUGACAAUCUGUGUUUGUUUUUCCCUUUUUAGUUGAAUGUCUACCCAGUGCUUUAUUUGUCUGA